AUUGACUGAAGAAUUUGGAAAAAUGGGGGGAAAGAUUUUGGUGGUAAGCAAAUUAUUUUCCCGGGCAAUAGAGAAUUAAACGAAGAUGGUUUUCCAAUAAACCCCAUUCAGCCUAUCCCAGCCUUUCUCCCUCUCAAUAUCCCUAAUUUCCCAAACUCAAACCACUUGUACCCUCCGCCUGCCGCGCAACCGUCCUCCGCCCGCCGCGCAACCGUCCUCCGCCGUGUCUACUACCAACCUCCAGGGUGCUAUUUGGAGAAAUUGAUAUCAGGAAGCAGGAUUGGGCAUCGCAAAACAGAUAGAAUAGUGUACUGAAACUAAGGGGGAAGAUUUUGUCGCCAUGGAUAUUGUAAUUGCCGGGAAACAUAAGUUUUAAUGAUAGUAGUAGAGAAUUAAAAUCAAAAUAAACCCCUUCCCUUCCUUCAACCACAGUUGCCAGAAAGGAGUUACCAUUUUGAAAUUUCCCUUUGUAUAUUCAUUCGUUUCACUACUCCUUACUUGUCAUCAUUGAAUUGAAGCCAUAUCACUGAUAAAGUUUACUCUAAAUGCUGGGAACUAGUGAUCAAUCAGAAGUCUUUUGUGGUGUUCACUUCGUUCUUUUUGGUUUCAGUCCCGAGGAUGAAACCGAGGUUCGGUUCAAGCUUGUGAACGGUGGUGCAGUGGAUGAAGGCAAGUACAGUGGAAGUUGCACGCACGUCAUUGUCGAUAAGAUCAUAUAUGAUGAUCCUGUGUGUAUUGCUGCCAGAAACGAUGGAAAGACAGUGGUGACUAAAUUAUGGGUUGAUCAUAGCUCUGAUAUUGCAAUGCCCGUCGAUGCUUCCUCCGUUAUGUACAGACCUCUUAAAGAUUUAAAUGGAAUACCUGGUGCCCAGAAUUUGGUUGUGUGCUUGACUGGUUAUCUACGACAGGAUCGUGAUGAUAUUAUGACAAUGGUUGACCUCAUUGGUGCGACAUUUCUUAAGCCCUUGGUGGCAAACAGGGUUACUCAUCUUGUAUGCUACAAAUUUGAAGGGGAGAAGUAUGAGCUUGCCAAGAGAAUGGGAACAAUAAAGCUAGUUAAUCAUCGUUGGUUGGAAGAUUGCUUGAAAGUCUGGGCGCUUCUUCCAGAAGAAAAUUACAACAAGAGUGGCUAUGAACUAGAGAUUAUGAAGUUAGAAGCUAAGGAUUCCGAUGAAGAAACUGAAGAUUUUGAUCUGGGGCAAUCUGAGAGGAAUAUAAGCAGAAGUCCCCUCACUGCAAAAUUUGGUGUUGAGGCAACUAGUGGCUUAUUAAAAUCAGAUCGAGAGCUUUCAAGUGCCCAGACAGAAUCUACUAGUCUCAAGAAUUCACCAAAAGUUGAUAAUAGUAAAGAAUCUUCAUUUAUUCAAGGUAAUAACAACGGAGCUGAUAGAGACAUAAGCUUUAGUAAUGUUGAUGAGCCUAAGGCAACGGAUAAGUUUCUUGAUGUUGCUAUAGGUGCUACAUCAUGUCAGAUACCUGAGACAGAUGUUAAGAUCAGGGAGUCAAAGAAGGCCAAUUCUCCAAAGACAGGCUGCCAGGAUGUUCUCAUAACUGAAAAAGCAGAACCACAUGCUGAAACUUUUAAUAAGCUGGCCAAUGAUUUCGGAUCACCAUCUACUGCAAGUGCUGAAAGGGUCACACAUUCUGAAGCAAAGUUCAGUUCUAUCAAGUAUUAUUCUAAGAACAAAAGGGGAUUCACUCUUCCAAGGAGCUUAAAUGAUGGUUUGGAUAAUGGAGCUGGAUCUACUGUGUCACCUUUGGCUGAUUUGAAAUCAGGUAACAAACAUAAAACCCCUUCCAAUAAGGUAUUAAAUGGCAGUGGGGGAAUCAAAUCAACCAGUGCUAAAGAUUCUGGGGAUGUGACAAUUGGUAAAUUGCCGCAAAAGAGGGUAAAUGAAGCUGCUUCUAAUACAUUAAAAUCAAGGAAAAUUACUUCCGAUGCAAAAUUAUUCAUCGAGAAAAUCACUUCAGAAAAUGGUAAAUCUGAAGCACGAAAAGUGACAUCUGUGGUUGAGGAACCAUCCAAGUCUGAACCCUGUUUUUCUGCUGGAAAAGAUAGUUUUGACAAACCCAACAAAAACUCAUUUUCUAAAUCCAUAGCUUCUAUAUCCAAUUCCCUAUCAUUUGAUGAGCCUUUUACAAGAGAUACAAGCCCAAAGUCAGCUCGAAGUGAUAAAGCCUAUCAGACUGAGUCUAAAAUUAAUGGGAAGCAUGAAAUCGCGGGUCAUGGAAUGGAACAAGUUGCUGGUAAUGAAGUUGAGCAACACAAACUUGCGAAAAAUCUGGAGGGUUCCCCUGACAAUAAGAACCCUCUGAAUGGGGAAUCCCCAAAUUUAGAUUUAGGCAAUGAAGAAAGUACUAAGCUGAUUAAAAAAUCACCUCGCAAGAAAUCAGUUGCCAAGAGAAGUUUUGGCUCUAAGCCAAAAGUUGGUGCUACUGCUAAACAGAAAACACUAGUUUCCUCAAACAGGACCAUCCAGCAAGGUGAAGCUGUAAACUUUUCCAGUCGAAUCAAAGAGGUACCAAUUGACAAUGGCGAUAAACCUCAACCUAUGACUGAUGAUAAUAAUAAGUCAGAGGAGCAAGAAACUGUUGUUAAACAUGCAGAUGAUGCCAAUGGCAGACUUGAAACUAUGGAUGAUGAAACAGAGGCUCCUGAUGAUAAAUGUGAACUUGAGCUGGGAAUGAAACACGAUGAAAAUAAAAACAAAGCUGAUGAAACAGCAGAAAAGUCAGAAGACAUGCACCAUGUAACAGAAUGUGAAGCAGCAGUGCCUGAGAAGGAAACUGCAGAGUUAACUGAAAAAGAGAAGGCACCUUCAGUAGAUGACUCAACCAUGAAACGCGAAGUAAAACAUCAAGUGAAAAAGCGUCCUCUAAGUAUUGCCAAGAAGGUCACUGUUGCAAAGGGACUACAGAAAUCUAAAGUGGCACUGUCUGAGAAUAAGAUAAGCAUGGAACGGGAAAAUGUGGCACGAAUGAAAUCUGCCAAAGAAGUAUCUCAUGCUACAGAUGCGAGCAACAAAUCCUUCGCACCAAGAAAGGCAUUUGGAGAUUCAAAAGAACAGAAGGAAAAUAGACCAAUUGAUGAGGGAGAGCAGGAUAUGCCUGAGGCCAAAUCUGUUGCCAAUCGAACUAAUAAAUUGAGUUCAAAGCCAGAAAAAAUAAAUCCCAAGCAAACAGGUUAUAAUCCACCUAUGUCAGAAGCUAACAAAAGAUUGAAAACUGAACCACCAUGUUUCAUAUUAACGGGGCAUCACUUUCUGAGAAAGGAUUUCCAACAAUUGAUAAAGAAGUUAAAGGGCAAAGUUUGCCGGGAUUCUCAUCAGUGGUCAUAUCAAGCAACCCACUUCAUAGCACCAGAGCCUCUACGCAGGAUAGAGAAAUUUUUUGCUGCUGCGGCAUCAGGAAGGUGGAUUCUGAAAACUGAUUUCUUAACUGCUAGCAAUCAGGCAGGGGAAUUUGUGGAAGAGGAACCUUAUGAGUGGCACGAUAUUGGUCUCAACGAGGAUGGCACGAUCGAUAUGGAGGCUCCUAGAAAGUGGCGGCUGCUGAAAGAGCGAACAGGUCAUGGUGCCUUCUAUGGAAUGCGCAUUAUUGUGUAUGGUGACUGCAUCACUCCACCUUUGGAUACUCUGAAGCGAGUGGUCAAAGCUGGAGACGGAACAAUACUAGCUACCUCUCCUCCUUACACGCGCUUCCUUGGUACCGGAAUCGACUAUGCCAUAGUUGCUCCUGGAAUGCCACGUGUCGACCUGUGGGUACAAGAGUUCUUAAGAUACGAGAUACCUUGCAUUUCGGCUGACUACUUAGUCGAAUAUGUAUGCAAACCAAGUUCCUCACUUGAGAAACAUGUAUUAUAUGACACUCAUGCUUGGGCAGAAAGGUCAUUUUCCAAACACCAGAAUAGAGCAGAAGAGACCACUGAUAUUGAAGAAUCAAUUAGUAGCACUCCUGAAAGCAACGAUGUAGCUUGUGAAGUUUGUGGAUCAAGGGAUAGAGGGGACGUGAUGCUGAUUUGUGGUGAUGAGAGUGGUUCUGUUGGUUGUGGAGUUGGUACACAUAUUGAUUGUUGUGACCCUCCACUUAUGGAUGUUCCUGAGGAGGAUUGGUUUUGCUCUAAAUGCAUUGUUAAACGAAACUGCUCAAACUCUCCCAAGAAAAGGAAAAAGGGUGGCUUCUCCAAGAGUAAGAGGAAGUGAUUUUAUUGUACCUGUAUAGGAUAUUUGCCUUAAUUUGUAACCGUCUUUGGCCACUGCCAACGGUGGAUUUGUCAUAAGAGUAUGGAUAGGGGAACUCAAUGUUAUUGGUUCUCACUUUUGGUGAGAGCCACACUCCAUUCAUUGAUAUUAUCAUGUGGUAAUUAUGUACAAACUUUUCAUUUCUGAGGGGCAGUAAUUAUGUGCAGUACUUGGUGAUUGAUGAUGUAUUAAUUUUGAUUUGAAGACUUGUUUGGUUAACAUUUUUAGUGGACUUAGUGGUAAAACUGCCUAAUGUAGUAAUGUGUGUAUUAUAUAAAUUUUAAGUUAACAGUGUCACCUGUUUUGCUCAGUAGAGACUU